AUCUCAGGCGCGAACAUCGAAAUGAGCCGAGUGGUCAAAUAGUAAACAUCGUCGCAUUGGUGAGUCCGUAUGGCUUGUCCAAAGAAACGAAUCAUCCGGUAAACUGAAACAAUGAAUCUGCCAUUUCCAUUAACAACAAGAUGUACAAAAUGGAGGAAAUGUAUCAGGCUGCACAUCACCCAGUAGAGAAGGAUUGUAAAUGGGAAGAGGGUUACUCAGAGGAGAUGAGUGAAAACAAGGAAGGAAAGGAUUCUUCAUUACACAGUGACCUUCCUUUCAUGGAGAAAAGAAGUUUUCAUAUUAAACAAGAAGACUGUGAAUGGGAGUCCGCUUAUCCUCAGCAAGGAGAUCUUGGCAUUAAAAAAGAGGAGGAUGUUGAAUGCUGGCCUGUAGGUGUUAAGGAAGACCCAGAUCAAAAGUGUGACAGCCAUGGUGUACAGAAGCAUGAAACUGUAAACGGCAUCAAAGAAGAAGACCACCUUAAAUCCGAGUCGGUCUCUCAGUUUGUUUGCUCAGGUAAUGUGGUAUGUGGGACAAACAUCACUCCAAGUAAACCGAGCUUCCUACUGGAUCAUUCUGACCUUACAGAAUCAUUAAAGCAUGACAUGAAGAUGAGCGAGAGAGCUGCAGGUUCAAGUCAUUCUGAAGAAGAUUUAGUGGAGAGUGGUGACUUCUUCCCAUCUUCAUCUCCUCAGACCUCUCUUCAGAAACAGUAUGAUGAAAAUAUGAAGAAACCGACAUUUGCAUCAGGAACUAUAACAUCCUGUUUGCAGUGUCCUUCUCUACCAGCUGUGAAACUAACAUUGAUGGACACCUUAAACAGCCAGCAGCAAGGGCAAAAUAAAAAGCCACAUGACUGUUUUAACUGUGGAAAACAAUUCCCUGCAAUGAUAAAACAUAAAAUUCACACGCAAAUUCACAUUGAAGAAAAGCUACAUUGUUGUUCUGAAUGUGGAAAACGAUUCUCGCGGAAAACUCAUCUUCAGAGACAUAUACUAAUCCAUACUGGAGAGAAGCCUUACUUCUGCUCUGAAUGUGGAAAACAAUUCUCUGAUGAGAGAAACCUUAAGACUCAUGAAAGAAUUCACACUGGAGAAAAGCCAUUUUGUUGUUCUUACUGUGGAAAGCGGUUCUUCUACAUAAGCAGUCUUCAAACACACACAACGAUGCACACCGGAGAAAAACAAUUUUGCUGUUCUGAAUGUGGAAAACUAUUCCCUACCAUCACAAAACUUAAGGUCCACACACGAGUUCACACUGGAGAAAAGCCAUAUUGCUGUUUUGAAUGUGGAAAACAAUUCUCACGGCAAAAUAAUCUUAAAAGACACACACAAACUCACACCAGAGUGAAGCCUUAUUGGUGUCCUGAAUGUGGUAAACAGUUCUCACAAAAGACGCAUCUUCAGAAACACACACAAGUUCAUAUUAGGCUAAAGAAAGAGGUUUGUUCAACUUUUGACAGUGAAUAGUGAUGAACGUACAUUCUUGAGGUGAAAUUGAGCUCUGACAGAAAUCGUGUUUCUUUGCAAAAUGUAAAAGAAGAAAUGUAUGACAUGAUAAAUCUUCAGACCCACACAAGAAUUCACAUUGAAGUGAAGGAUAAUAGAUAAGUGCCACUUCUGCCAGACACC